AUGCGUUUCGAGUUCCCCGACGAGGAUAUCAUGUUGAUUAGGGAUUGCAACAUCCCUGGUCCCGAGGAAGGACCCGAGCCUGGAUCCCGAUGGACCAUGGUUUUUGAUGGAGCUUCUAAUGCUCAUGGCAAUAGCGUUGGGGCAGUAAUCACUUCUCCAACUAAUUUCCACCUCCCCUUCACCGCCCGAUUAUGUUUUGAAUGUACAAACAAUAUGGCCGAAUACGAGGCUUGUAUCUUUGGUAUUGAAGCUGCUAUCGAUCUUAGAAUUAAAAUCCUGGAAGCCUAUAGGGACUCAGCCUUGGUAAUCAACCAAGUCAAAGGAGAUUGGGAUAAUAGAGAUCAUAAGCUCAUUCCUUACAAAGAGCAUGUCUUGAAACUAGUCCCCUACUUCGAUGAAAUUACAUUCCACCACAUCCCUCAAGAAGAGAAUCAGUUAGCUGACGCUUUGGCAACUUUGGCGUCCAUGUUUAAAGUUAAGUGGAAGAACAAAGCGCCGUCCUUUCACCUGAACUACUUGGACGAACCUGCUUACUGUCUGGCAGCAGAAGACGAAGCUGAUGGUCAUCCUUGGUUCCAUGACAUCAUGAAAUUCUUAGAGAACCAAGAGUAUCCCGCGGACGCGUCCAUCACCGACAAGAAGUAUCUUCGAAAACUGUCUUCCAAAUUCUUCUUAAUUGGAGGGGUAUUAUACAAGAGAAAUUAUGAUUCGGUUUUGCUUAGAUGUGUGAACAAGCGAGAAGUAAACCAUAUUAUAAUGGAAAUUCAUGAAGGAUCCUUUGGGACGCAUGCCAGUGGGAGCACUAUGGUGAAGAAAAUUUUAAGGGUCGGAUACUACUGGAUGACUAUGGAGGUUGACUGUCAUCGCCACGUCCAAACCUGCCACAAGUGCCAGAUCUAUGCUGAUAAGAUCCAUGUGUCGAUAAUGCCUCUCAAUGUCCUAACAUCACCUUGGCCUUUCGCCAUGUGGGGCAUUGACGUGAUCAGACGCAUAGAGCCAACUGCCUCGAACGGACACCGCUUCAUCCUUGUAGCCAUUGACUAUUUUACAAAAUGGGUAGAAGCAACCUCGUACGCUAACGUUACCAGACAAGUGGAAUUGGAUCGAGGGGAGCAUUCAUUCUUUCCAGGUUGUUUCAAGGUCUCUGCUAGUUUUGACAUUGAUUCUGAUAUCCUCGACCCUAGGCUCGUUGAUUUGCAUGAGGAGCAGUCCAUAGUUGCUGGUAUAGCCCUAUGGGCAUUGCUGGUUACCCAUAAGGAUAUCACGACACUGAAAAUUAUGACCACUAAGAAGAUGAAGGAUCAUAAGGUCUGGCUGGUGCACUAUGAGAAUACCUAA